GUUUAUGUUUAUUACGUGGAUAAUUUAUGGGUAGCGAAUCAUUUACGUGAAGUGCAAAACUAACUUCCUUUGAAUUUCGUUUCCAAUAAGAUUUUAAUCCAACAACACUGCAUAGAUCUUGUUAAUCAUAACCAUCUUUAAUAAACAAACUUGUUAAAAUUUGUUCUAAUUCACAAUAAAAAAAUAGCAACGGUGAACAACGUUCUCUUCGGCACCGGAAGAUUCGCAAGUUAGAAAAUAAUAGAAACUGUAUUAGUGAUUAUUCUACAAAAAGUUCUACUUUUUCUUGAAAUUUGAUUAAGACUUUGUCAUUGAAUUUAAAAUAAUUUGCAUAAAAAUCAGAACAUUAUUUUCUUCAAUGCAAUCGAAUGUGACAGUUUGAUUCCAAUGCUAUCUAACUAAACGACAGCAUUGACAUACUAAAAAAAUAGACAUAGGCUUUUGCAAAGAUGCAAUAAAAUUAUCUCUAACGCAAAGGUUCAACUGCAAACGAUGCAUCGACAUUUUCAUGCUUAUUGAAUCAGAGCUAAUAGAAUAUGAUUUUUGACCAAGUUUAAACUAAUUUACUUUAUGUUCUAUAUUUCUCUUCAGAUAACUCUCCUUUUAAUGUCUAAUUAUUUUUAUUAUAAUUGUGAUAGUAAUUUUUUUUAAACGAUGAAUUUCAACAAAGAUGAAAAAAUAUUUCAAAUUCAUGUCAUACGGAACCUUCUCGAUACUACUACAAACAUCGCAUGUCACGGUAGCUCAUAAACUCACCUUACAGAAGGGUAAAAAUAGAUACGAACGGUGCCGAAGCAACUCGAAUUUUCUAGAAGUGCUCGCUUUUCAUAUAUAUUUUGUCGAGUCGCGUUCGCAGCUUCAGUUCAAUUCAAGCAAGUAAACGAAUCACAUCGCAAGCAAAUAGAAAACGUGACUCAAGUAUUCAAAGCGAGCGCAAAAGUUUCAAAGCAACUGUUAAUAGAGUGAAAGUACAAAGAAUAAUUAAAUUCAAGUGUAAAAUCAUCAAACAAGACUUUUGAGAAUUUUUGUUUCAUCAGUGGUGAAAUUAAGUGAGCAUUGAAAAUGUCGGCAAUCGGUAUUGAUCUGGGCACCACGUACUCUUGCGUGGGAGUGUUCCAGCAUGGCAAGGUGGAAAUUAUUGCAAACGACCAAGGCAAUCGAACAACUCCCAGCUACGUGGCCUUUUCUGACUCGGAGCGGUUGAUUGGUGAUGCUGCAAAGAACCAGGUUGCGAUGAACCCACGAAACACGGUGUUCGAUGCAAAACGACUGAUUGGCCGUAAAUUCGACGAUCCAAAAAUUCAAGCCGAUAUCAAACACUGGCCAUUCACGGUAGUCAACGAUGGCAGCAAACCAAAGAUCGAAAUUGAGUUCAAAGGCGAAAGGAAACGCUUUGCUCCGGAAGAAAUCAGUUCAAUGGUGCUGACGAAGAUGAAGGAAACGGCCGAAGCUUACCUGGGUAAAAGUGUGCGGAAUGCGGUCAUCACAGUACCAGCGUAUUUCAACGAUUCGCAAAGACAAGCAACAAAAGAUGCGGGAGCAAUCGCCGGUUUGAACGUCAUGAGAAUCAUCAAUGAACCGACGGCAGCUGCAUUGGCCUACGGUUUAGACAAGAAUCUGAAAGGAGAACGAAAUGUUUUGAUUUUCGACCUGGGUGGUGGUACAUUUGAUGUGUCCAUCCUGACUAUCGAUGAAGGUUCGCUGUUUGAAGUGCGAUCUACUGCCGGUGAUACUCAUCUGGGAGGAGAGGACUUCGAUAAUCGAAUGGUUUCACACUUCAUCGAAGAAUUCAAACGUAAAUUCAAAAAAGAUCUUUCGGCAAAUCCACGUGCACUGCGGCGUUUGAGGACGGCGUGCGAACGAGCUAAACGUACAUUGUCAUCGAGCACUGAGGCUACAAUCGAAAUCGAUGCCUUGUAUGAUGGAAUCGAUUACUACACGAAGAUAUCGCGAGCACGAUUCGAGGAAUUGUGCUCUGAUUUGUUCCGAUCAACACUACAACCAGUCGAACGAGCUCUGUCAGAUGCCAAGAUGGACAAAAGUUCAAUCCACGACAUUGUUCUGGUUGGAGGUUCAACUCGCAUUCCGAAGGUCCAGUCGUUACUGCAGAACUUCUUCUGUGGAAAAUCAUUGAAUCUAUCCAUCAAUCCGGAUGAAGCUGUGGCAUACGGUGCUUCGAUUCAGGCUGCCAUUCUCAACGGUGACAAGGAUGAGAAAAUCCAGGAUGUCCUACUAGUUGAUGUCGCUCCACUCUCGUUGGGAAUUGAAACGGCAGGAGGUGUGAUGACUAAACUAAUUGAACGCAACAGUCGCAUUCCAUGCAAGCAAACGCAGACAUUCUCGACAUACGCGGAUAACCAACCCGGAGUUUCGAUUCAGGUGUAUGAAGGAGAACGAGCAAUGACCAAAGACAACAAUCGUCUAGGACUGUUUGAUUUGUCAGGAAUUCCACCAGCUCCCAGAGGUGUUCCACAAAUUGAAGUCACAUUCGAUUUAGAUGCCAACGGAAUUCUGAACGUGUCAGCGAAGGAAAUGAGUAGUGGCAAGGUGAAAAACAUCACGAUCAAGAAUGACAAAGGUCGUCUCAGUCAGGCAGAUAUCGAUCGAAUGGUGUCGGAAGCUGAAAAGUUCCGCGAGGAAGAUGAAAAACAGCGAGAACGAGUUGCCACAAGAAAUCAGCUCGAAGGUUAUUGUUUCCAGCUGAAACAAUCGUUGGAUUCGGCUGGUGAAAAAUUAAGUGAAGCUGACAAAAGCACCGUUCGAGACAAAUGCGAUGAAACGCUUCGAUGGCUUGAUGGAAAUACGAUGGCCGAGAAGGACGAGUUUGAGCACAAAAUGCAGGAGUUGAGCCGAGUUUGUAGUCCCAUCAUGACACGAUUGCAUCAGGGUGCUGCCGGUGCUGGUCCAGUGCCACCCAACUGUGGACAGCAGGCUGGUGGAUUUGGUGGACGAACGGGACCCACAGUCGAGGAAGUUGAUUAGAUACAUUCACUUGCAUAGGUUAAGAAAAAUAUUGUUAUUCUGUUUGUGAUAAUAGAAGUAUUAAAAAUUAGUUCCUAUUUAUUUUCAAUGUACUUUUGUAGAUAUCAGCAAGAAUAAAUU